AUGAUUGGUUGUGCCAUGUACGAGCUGGUUAAGGUUGGACACGAUACCUUGGUUGGUGAGGUCAUCAGAAUUGAUGGUGACAAGGCGACUAUCCAAGUUUAUGAAGAGACUGCUGGUGUCACUGUUGGUGAUCCAGUGCUCAGAACUGGUAAGCCUCUUUCUGUCGAAUUGGGACCGGGUUUGAUGGAAACCAUUUACGAUGGUAUUCAGAGACCUUUGAAGGCCAUUAAGGAGAUGUCUCAGUCUAUCUAUAUCCCAAGAGGUAUUGAUGCUCCAGCUCUAUCCAGAACCGUCCAGUACGACUUCAAGCCUGGUAAUCUGAGUGUUGGUGACCAUAUCACCUCGGGAGAUAUCUUUGGUAACGUGUUUGAGAACUCUUUACUUUCCGACCACAAGAUCCUCCUUCCUCCAAGAGCCAGAGGUACCAUCACAUCCAUUGCCGAGGCAGGUUCCUACUCUGUCGACACUCCAAUUCUGGAGGUUGAGUUCGAGGGCAAGUCAUACUCCUACUCCAUGAUGCAUACCUGGCCGGUGCGUGUUCCUAGACCUGUCGCCGAAAAAUUGUCGGCGGACUAUCCGUUGCUUACAGGCCAAAGAGUGUUGGAUGCCCUGUUCCCUGUUGUUCAGGGUGGUACUACAUGUAUUCCAGGUGCUUUCGGCUGUGGAAAAACUGUCAUUUCGCAAUCGUUGUCAAAAUAUUCUAACUCUGAUGUUAUCAUCUACGUUGGAUGUUUUGCCAAGGGAACCAAGGUGCUGAUGGCAGAUGGUACCGACAAGCCAGUCGAGAGAAUUGCAAUUGGUGAAGAAGUCAUGGGUAAAGACGGUACUCCAAGAUCUGUUAUUGCUCUUCCAAGAGGAAAGGCUACGAUGUACGAAGUCCGUCACACUACCCAACACCAAUCGGCAGACGAUGCUGAGGGAUUGAUGAACUACGUGUGCUCUGACCAUCACAAGCUGGUUCUUCGUACUCCUCAACACGUUAACCUGACCACUCACCAGCUCAGAGGUAAGAUGUACACCAGUGUUACUUAUUUCGAAAAGGUGGCUACUGCUGUCGGGGAAAUUGUUAAGAAGAAAACAAGGACUUAUCAACAUGAUAUUCAUGGUGGUGCAGCCGGUGCCUUGAGAAAGGCUGAGCUUUACGCCUCUGAUAUCAGUACCGAACCAAUUGACUGGACUAUUGAGGCUAAAGACUACAAGAAUCUCGGAUACUUUGUCAAGAAGUCCUCCUACCAAUUGAUUAACCCAGUUCAUCUUGAAACUGGAAAGUUGGGUAAGACUCUCGAAAGCUACGGUUUUUCCAAAGAUCUGGCUCCACAAAUGGCUUACCUCCUCGGUUCCUGGGUUGGUGACGGUUACAUGACUCGCUCAAUGUUUUCUCUUGAUCCAUUGGACACUCAGUACUCCGAGCGUAUCAAUGCUUUCGGUGAGGAAUUCGGAUUGGUUGCUUCCACUGCCGAACACCACCACCGUUACUACAAGACCAACGAGGCUGAGGAAGUUGAGGCUUCUAAAUUGACUGAGGCUGCAAUUGCUGAGGAUGGAGCUUUAGUUUACGAAGGUGAUCUUCCAGGUGACCCAACCGAACAGGACCUCAUUGAGGAGAUCGAAGCUUCUGAGGAUUCAAGACCCUCAUCUUCUGGGUCUGCAGUUUCGGAGCAUUCUUGGGAUGAACGUGGUGACCUAUCUGUCAUGUUGCGUCCUAUCAGACAGUCUGGUGACAGUGUUCUGCGUCCAAAGUUGAAUGUAGGAAAUGUUUUCUGGGAUGUUGUCAAAUCAUUCGGUGUUAGAAAAGUCUCUGAACAUGACAAUGGUGACAGUGUUGAAGUCCACUACUCUAAACACGUUCCAACUCACUUGUCCAACGAUGACAUUUCUGUCAGAGAACAUUUCAUUGCUGGUCUGAUUGACUCCGAUGGGUAUGUUAAAACUGACAACGACUCUUACUCUGCCACAGUUACUACUAUCUACAGUGGUGUUUCGGAGGGUCUUGUUAGACUCGCUCGUUCGCUGGGUAUCAGAGUUUCUGUCACAGUUGAGAAGGCCCAUAUCGACAAAUCGGGUGUAAACCAUCGUUUGAACUACCGCGUUUUCUUGAGUGGUCCAGCACUUUUGGGUGUUCUCAGAAACUGUUCUCUUGAUAGAAAGAGAGCUGAAUUCAAGGAGUUCACCAGAGAGGCCGUUCCUUUCUACUUCACCCUUGAGGAGAAGCCAGAGGCCGACUACUACGGUGUCACUCUUCCAGAUUCUUCCGAUAAGGAGUACUUGCUGUCUUCUCUGGCUCUUGUGCACAACUGUGGAGAACGUGGAAAUGAAAUGGCAGAAGUCCUUAUGGAGUUCCCAGAGCUUUUCACCGAGAUUUCUGGAACCAAGGAGCCAAUCAUGAAGCGUACCACCUUGGUCGCCAACACCUCCAACAUGCCUGUCGCCGCCAGAGAGGCCUCUAUCUACACCGGUAUCACUCUUGCAGAGUACUUCAGAGAUCAGGGUAAGAAUGUUUCCAUGAUUGCAGACUCGUCUUCUAGAUGGGCCGAGGCCUUGAGAGAAAUCUCUGGUCGUCUGGGUGAAAUGCCUGCUGAUCAAGGUUUCCCUGCCUACUUGGGUGCCAAGCUCGCCUCUUUCUACGAAAGAGCUGGUAAGGCUGUUGCCCUAGGUUCCCCAGACAGAAUCGGAUCUGUGUCCAUUGUUGCUGCUGUUUCACCAGCAGGUGGUGAUUUCUCGGAUCCUGUCACCACCUCCACCUUGGGUAUCACCCAGGUGUUCUGGGGUCUUGACAAGAAGCUGGCUCAGAGAAAGCAUUUCCCAUCCAUUAACACAUCAGUCUCGUACUCGAAGUACACCAACGUUUUGAACAAGUACUACGACUCUGAGUUCCCCGAAUUCCCAGCCUUGAGAGACAGAAUCAGAGAGAUCCUGUCCAAUGCCGAAGAGCUGGAACAGGUUGUGCAACUGGUGGGUAAGUCUGCCCUUUCUGAUGCAGACAAGAUCACGCUGGAUGUUGCCAACUUAAUCAAGGAGGACUUCUUGCAGCAAAACGGUUACUCCACCUACGAUGCCUUCUGUCCUAUCUGGAAGACCUACGACAUGAUGAGAGCCUUCGUGGGCUAUUACGACGAGGCCCAAAAGGCUGUCGCCGGAGGAGCCCAGUGGUCCAAACUCGCAGAGGCUACUUCGGAUGUCAAGCAUGCAGUUUCUUCGGCUAAGUUCUUCGAACCAAGCAGAGGUGAAGCCGAGUCGAAGCGUGAAUUUGAAAAGUUGGUAACGAACAUUGGUGAAAGAUUUGCCGAGGCCGCGGAAUAA